AAAACAUUCCCUAUAUAAUGUACUGGCUAAUAGUUUUCGAUUAUUUCAAAGUAAACGACCAGUACUUGACAAUCUGCAAAUAAAAAUGGACAUGUAAAUAAAAGUUGAUGUAUAUACAGCAUAAUUGCAAAAAACUUAAAAACAAGAUUAGUAACGAUUCAACGAAUUACUCUUAACGUAGAUUCAUUUGACACACGUUGCGUACAAGUAGACGUUAGCGCCAAGAUGCUUGGAGAGGAGAUAUUGCAACAUGCACCGGGAAUGCUUUAUUACAACCAUGGCAUAAACGGCACUUAUGAAAACUGGAACAGUUGCUCUAACGACGCAAACGUAACAACGUCAAACAACGUACGGCAAUGGCAGUUCCAAUUUAAUCAAAUUGAAAACGUGAAUGGAGACGUAUGGACAGACACUAACGGAUAUGCAAACCAAAAUUACCAAAGAGAAGCAUCAUACACGAUAGGAUACGACAAAUUAAAUGAGAGAAUCCAAACAACUGAUUGUGUAACAAACAUUUCAUCACAAGAGUGCGCCAAAACUUCAAAAACUGUCACCAAACGUCAAAAAUGCCAACAAUCUGUGAAGAAACGAAAUGAGAAGAACCCCAAAGACGAUUUACGAAAAACACAACCUACGUCAAAAACUGGACGUAAACGUAAUAUAAUUCACAAGGCUCCUGGAAAAGAAGUGUUACGUAAACGUCGCGUGGCUGCAAACGCACGUGAACGUAAACGCAUGAAUAGUCUAAAUGUUGCGUUUGACAAUCUCAGAGACGUCGUGCCUGGUUUUGGAGCAGAUAAAAAGAUGUCAAAGUAUGAAACCUUACAAAUGGCCCAGACUUACAUCAAUGCAUUACAAGAACUAUUGGACAAAGAGGAACCUAUGAAUGUCUGAAAUUUGAAACAUUGGGCAACUGACCGGCGCGAAAUCUUCCCAGUCCACAAACAAUGCCUUUCACUUGGAAGAAUAGCAACACAGCUAGCUUAAUUAUUUAUAUUUAAACCUCUGUUUGACUUUAAUUAUGUUUUUCUGUAUAGAUCAAUGUAUAACUACAUAUGAUAUUUAGACCAGAUACCAAAAUAAUAACGUGCAAUGGUAAAGCAGUUUUAAUUAAUAAGCCGAAACGUAUAAAAUACUGGUUAAUUUAUUUCAUUAACUAAUGUAAAAUAUGAUACAGAUAAAGAAAUAAAUAUAGUGGUUUUCUUUGCAAUCUGUUUAUUGAAUCAAAACUAAUGUCAUAUAAUUACACAGUAAUAUUUAAAUGUUAUUAUCAUUUUUAUAAACUUUAUGACUUUUUGCUUCAAAUUGGUUGUCCUGGAAACCACUUUCUGUAAUUAUUAUGUGUGAUUAUAAGUUAUUUCUUUACGCCCAAUUGAGCUGUAUAAAAAUGGUAAUUAUUUCUGCUCAAUUUUGUACAGUUACCAUUGUUUGGAUCAGAUAAAUGCCAAGUUGUCAUCGCUCUAAGAAUACAUCAAAUAAUUUAUUUCUUUUGUUAAAUUUGAUACUGGUACCGUGUACUGACUGGAAUAAACACUAGUGUGAUAGUGUUUGUGUGAUAACAUAAUCAUUGCCUAUCUAACUGUAUGGAUAUGUUAAAAGUAAAAUAAAUCGAUGAUAUUCAUGUUCUAAUAAAAUAUGUUUUCAAUGUUAUAUUUAUUCAGAAACCAAAUCAAGAAUGAAUCA